AAACCAAUGAGCGACUCGCACUCUCUUUUAAAUACAGCAGAGCGGGGCUCAUGUAGACAUUGUUUCUACAUUUUUGCUGUGGAGAAUCAUAUUUUCGAAAAUGAGCGGAAGAGGCAAAACCGGCGGUAAGGCGAGAGCGAAGGCCAAGACUCGCUCCUCCAGAGCAGGGCUGCAGUUCCCCGUCGGUCGUGUUCACAGACUUCUCCGUAAAGGCAACUACGCCGAGCGCGUCGGUGCCGGAGCUCCCGUCUAUCUGGCGGCUGUGCUCGAGUAUCUGACCGCUGAGAUCCUGGAGUUGGCUGGAAACGCCGCGAGAGACAACAAGAAGACCCGUAUCAUUCCCCGUCACCUGCAGCUGGCGGUGCGCAAUGACGAGGAGCUCAACAAACUCCUGGGUCGAGUGACCAUCGCUCAGGGCGGCGUGCUGCCCAACAUCCAGGCCGUGCUGCUGCCCAAGAAGACCGAGAAACCCGCCAAAGCCAAGUAAACCGAGUCCGCUCUGUUUCUGAAACAAAGGCUCUUUUAAGAGCCACCCAUUUUAUCUGACGGAGAGAGCUUUUUUCUUUAACCAGUAGUGUCAUGUUCUUGCUUAAUAGGUUACAUUAUCAUAUACACAUUAAAUAUGUAUAUAGAAUAAAUAUAAGUAAACAUAAACCACAGCGAACUGUGGAGUAAUAUGUUAUUCUUUGGAGGGUGUCACAAAGCCUCUUUUAAGAGUCACCCAUUUCAAGUUUAUUUAAUCCGUAGAGUCACGUCGUUUAAUAACACACAUCAUUAAAUGUCAAAUGU